AUCGGAUUGUUUAUCCGGUGAUGUUCCAUUGAACCGGGAGCAACUCAACUGGCCACAGCAACUAAAGCUGGGAUUGGGAAAAUGAACGAUCUGUGAAGGUAGUUUUUUUGGGAAAAACGUACCGUUGGAUUACUUGUUAAAUAAUCAUUAUUCAUCAUGAAGGUGGGCUUUGCACUCGUUCUCCUCUGGUCUCUCCCAAUAACCAAUGUGCUUGCAGAGCUGCCUCAACCUCAGAACCUGACUCUGCUCACCCUGAACACACAGUAUGUACUGACGUGGGACUGGGACCAGACGACCACAGGCAACUCUGUUAGCUUCACUGUAGAGUACAUGGCGAAGUACAAGAUGAAGAUGAAGAAGAACUGGAGCCGUGUGUGUGAAAGGACCACACGCACCCGCUGUGACCUCACAGGUUCUAAUCUGCGCUACCUGGGCGUGUACGUGCUCCGAGUCCAAGCCAGCGCAGACGGAGUCAACUCGGACUGGGUCAACAAAGACUUCUGCCCUCAUAAAAACGUGCUUGCAGAGCUGCCUCAACCUCAGAACCUGACUCUGCUCACCCUGAACACACAGUAUGUACUGACGUGGGACUGGGACCAGACGACCACAGGCAACUCUGUUAGCUUCACUGUAGAGUACAUGGCGAAGUACAAGAUGAAGAUGAAGAAGAAGAAGAAGGAGGACUGGAGCCGUGUGUGUGAAAGGACCACACGCACCCGCUGUGACCUCACAGGUUCUAAUCUGCGCUACCUGGGCGUGUACGUGCUCCGAGUCCAAGCCAGCGCAGACGGAGUCAACUCGGACUGGGUCAACAAAGACUUCUGCCCUCAUAAAAACGCUUCGUUGGGCCCACCGUCCAGGGUGGAGAUGGCUCCUGUGGGGAACCUGCUGAACGUGACCAUCUCUGACCCCCUGACCAGCACCCAGCACUCCAUGAAGGAACACGUCUUCUACCUGGACUACCGCAUCCUGUACUGGAGCCGCUUUGAUGACCCUCAGGGUCUGAAGCCUAAAGUGUUGGACUCUAGCAACAACCUGGUGACGCUGCCUGAGUUGGAGGCCUGGACGUGGUACUGUGUCAUGAUCCAGUCUCGCUACGACUACUACAACAAGACUAGCAGCUACACAGAACCCCAGUGCAUGCAGACAGAGGGUGACACCCCGUACGGGCAGAUCUUCCUGUACUUCCUGGUCUCCAUGAUGGUGUGUUUCCUGCUCGUGUUGCUUUCCUCCUACGCCUUCUUCAGGUUCUACAGAGUCCUCAAAAACACCUUUUACCCCUCUAUCCAGCUGCCUGCACACAUCCAGGAGUACCUCUGUGACUCCUCCCCCGGCUCCGACAUGCCCCGCCUCCUCACUGCUGAUUCAGAGGCGGAGCUGUGCUGUCAUAAGCUGACCAUCUGUUCUGAGGUGGUGCUACUGGAGAUACACGUCCUUCCUCCCCUCACAGCGCCCCCCUCAGAGCUGGGUCAGGACAGCGACAGGCACAUCUGCCAGGACAGCGGAGACUCUGGGAUCUGCUCCACAGAGGGAGGCUCCACCCAGCAGGGUCGUAGUUGUGGGGAGCCAAUCAGGACAGACCAGGAAGUGGAUUCCUGGCAGACACUGGCGCAGGCCAAGAUGGAGGAGAUGGGGAGAGACGUCAUAUCAUGAAAGUCCAAUAUUUUUGGAAACUUGUCUGUUGACAUGUUUAACAUUUUGGGACUAUCAAAUACCUAAAUCUUUUUUUAAUGGAUUAUUUUAUUUAUGCAACAGGAUGGCAUGUUAUUCAUGUGAUUCUGGCCUUUUAGUAUACCAGUACACUGUCAGCUGCCUGGGUUGGCCUGGGAAUCCCAUGUUGCUGUGUGG